GCCCCUCACACACACAGAGUUCUAUUCCACCACCAUUUCCUUCUUUCCAUCAAUUUCUACACACAGAUCUCUCUGCAUUUCAACUCCACAUACACAGUUAAAAAAGGGUUUGAAAAUGCUUCUGAAAUCUGCGCCGACUUUGGGUUUGUUGAACUUCCAUGGCGAAAAUCUGAGCUCUUUGUUUUCCUCUGCCUCGUCUUCUUCCUUUAAGAGUUUUUUGGGCAGGAAGGGGAAUGGGUGUGUCGUGUGUGUGGCUAAACACACCAACAGCAAGCCCUUGACCGGCGUUGUUUUCGAGCCCUUCGAAGAAGUGAAGAAGGAGCUCAUGCUUGUGCCCACCGUCCCUCAGGAUUCGCUUGCUCGCCAGAAGUACAGCGAUGAGUGUGAAGUCGCUCUUAACGAACAAAUCAAUGUGGAGUACAAUGUGUCGUAUGUCUACCAUGCCAUGUUUGCCUAUUUUGACAGAGACAACGUUGCACUCAAGGGGCUUGCUAAGUUUUUCAAGGAAUCAAGUCUAGAAGAAAGGGAACAUGCUGAAAAAUUGAUGGUUUACCAGAACAAGCGUGGUGGAAAAGUGAAGUUGCAGUCUAUCUUGAUGCCCCUGUCGGAGUUUGAGCAUGCCGAAAAGGGAGAUGCACUACACGCUAUGGAGCUUGCAUUGUCUUUAGAGAAGUUGACGAAUGAGAAGCUUCUAAACCUUCAUGCUGUAGCCUCCAGAAACAAUGAUGCGCAGUUGACUGAUUUUAUUGAGAGCGAGUAUUUGGCUGAGCAGGUGGAAUCUAUCAAGAAGAUAUCAGAAUAUGUUGCGCAGCUGAGAAGAGUUGGUAAAGGUCAUGGUGUUUGGCAUUUCGAUCAGAUGCUGCUUGAUGAAGCUGUUGCUUGAACGGGAGCUCAAGCUCUUUGCCCCCUCAAAGUGCUUUCUGCUAGUGCAUGACAUUUUGCAUUGUAAUCUUAGAUAGAAACGGUGUUGGCAUUAGAUGGAAGUUGCAUAUGAGUCUUGUUUUAGUGGUUUGCAGGAACUUUAGUUCAAGUAUCCCGAAUUCCCGGUAGAACAUGAGUAAAUUUUAUCUUCGACCGAUUGCAGUUUGGAUCUGUUGGGUUGCAUCUGAUUUUUAUGCUUGCUGAGUCCCACCCUUUUAUUUUUCGCUUUGGUCUCUUGGACACUGUUUGUUCUUGUAUUGCCGAUUGCUGAUAGUGAGGAGAGGAGGGGACAGGCAAGCUAUAUUGCUUGCAAUCGCUCGCUACUUUUUAUUUAGAAA